GCACACAGCUGCCUCCAGCAGGGGAUAACCAAGUGCAGCAGCACUUAAUUAGCAUGGAAACUUCCCUUCAAAGUGGGGAGCAGGAUCUCAGAGUGGGUCUCUGAUGGGUGGCAACUUCAGGACCAUCUCCAGAAGUAUUUGGACCUGUUUCAUCUGCAUCCUCCAACCAGCUGGCCCCACGUUUUCCUUGGGCUGAAUGAAGCAGGAGUUCUGCCUGCUGCCAGGAGUGAAAGGACGUCGGCUGUCUGUGACGAGCUCGACCCCAUAAAAGCGGUGGCACCCAGCGCAGGAGCACUUCGCCUUGGAGCGCCUAGGCGUUCGGACGUUGGGCUGGGUUGCGGCCCGCGACAGAGCCCUCCCUUUCUCGGUGUGCCAUGGCGGACGAGGGGAAGUCGUACAACGAGCACGAUGAUCGUGUUGGUUUCCCUCAAAGAAGAAAGAAAGGCCGGGGCCCCUUCCGGUGGAAGUAUGGUGAGGGGAACCGGAGGUCUGGAAGAGGAGGUUUCGUUGUUCGGUCUUCCCGCCUUGAGGAAGAGAACAGAGAUGUGGCAAUGAGCGAUGCCCAGGAUGUUUCCCGAGUACGAUACAACCCCUAUGCUGCACGACCCAACCGUAGGGGUGAUAAUUGGCAGGAGCGGUCUCGAAUUCAUGUUACUGUGCCUCUGCGGAGAGAUAGAGCUCCUCCAGAGAGGGGAGGGGCUGGCACCAGCCAGGAUGGGACCUCAAAGAACUGGUUUAAGAUUACAAUUCCUUAUGGCAGGAAAUAUGACAAGUCAUGGCUCCUGAGCAUGAUUCAGAGCAAGUGCAGCAUCCCUUUCACUCCCAUUGAGUUUCACUAUGAAAACACACGGGCCCUGUUUUUUGUUGAGGAUGCCAGUACUGCCUCUGCAUUGAAGGCUGUCAACUAUAAGAUUUUGGAUCGGGAGAACCGCAGGAUAUCUAUCAUCAUCAACUCCUCUCUUCCACCCCACACUGUGCAGAACGAACUGAAGCCAGAGCAAGCAGAGCAGCUAAAGCUGGUCAUGAGCAAACGAUACGAUGGCUCCCAGCAAGCACUUGACCUCAAGGGCCUCCGUUCAGACCCAGAUUUGGUGGCCCAGAACAUUGAUGUUGUCCUGAAUCGUAGAAGCUGUAUGGCAGCCACCCUGCGAAUCAUUGAAGAGAACAUCCCUGAGCUGUUGUCCUUAAACUUGAGCAAUAACAAGCUGUACAGGCUGGAUGACUUGUCCAGCAUUGUGCAGAAAGCACCCAAUCUAAAGAUCCUCGAUCUUUCUGGAAAUGAGCUAAAGUCUGAGCGGGAGUUGGACAAGAUAAAAGGGCUGAAGCUAGAAGAGCUGUGGCUUGACAGAAACACCCUGUGUGAUACCUUUCGAGACCAGUCCACCUACAUCAGCGCCGUUCGAGAGCGAUUUCCCAAAUUAUUACGCCUGGACGGCCAUGAGUUACCCCCACCGAUUGCCUUUGACAUUGAAGCCCCCACAGUGUUACCUCCCUGCAAGGGAAGCUACUUUGGAACAGAGACCCUGAAGAAUCUGGUCCUGCACUUCUUGCAGCAGUACUAUGCGAUAUAUGACUCCGGAGACCGGCAGCAGCUCCUGGAUGCCUACCACGAUGGGGCCUGCUGCUCUCUGAGUAUUCCUUUCACCCCCCAGAACCCUGCCCGAAGCAACUUAGCUGAGUACUUCAAAGAUAGUAGGAAUGUGAAGAAGCUUAAAGACCCUACCCUGCGGUUCCGGCUGCUAAAGCACACACGUCUCAAUGUUGUGGCCUUCCUCAAUGAGUUGCCCAAAACUCAGCAUGACGUCAGUUCCUUCGUGGUAGACAUAAGCGCCCAGACAAGCACGUUGCUGUGUUUUUCUGUCAAUGGGGUCUUCAAAGAAGUGGAUGGAAAAUCUCGGGACUCUUUGCGAGCCUUUACCCGGACAUUCGUCGCUGUUCCUGCCAGCAAUUCAGGGUUGUGCAUCGUAAAUGAUGAGCUGUUUGUGCGGAAUGCCAGUCCUGAUGAGAUCCAAAGAGCCUUUGCCAUGCCUGCACCCACACCUUCUUCCAGCCCAGUGCCCACCCUCUCCCCAGAGCAGCAGGAAAUGGUGCAGGCAUUCUCUACCCAGUCUGGCAUGAACCUUGAGUGGUCCCAGAAAAUGGAUGUUGAAGUGGCAUUUAGAGAUCAGGGUGACUGCGUCUUGGUUCUAAUGGAGGUGCCUGUUCUUGCCCUACUCCAGGUGCCUUCAGGACAACAACUGGGACUACACCAGAUCUGCCCAGGCCUUUACUCAUCUCAAGGCCAAGGGCGAGAUCCCAGAAGUGGCAUUCAUAAAGUAAUCCAUAGUCAUGCCCCAGAAGAUCCCUGUAAAUAGCCCUCGUCUGUCCUGAUGUCUCCUCUUCGGCCCCUGUGACUGUGACUGUGACUGCUGGAUCCCUCUCCUUACCUGCCUUCUUGAAGACUUCGGGAAGAUUGAGCCUCCCUGGUGCCAGGAAGCCAAAGCUUACUUUGUAGAACUGACACUAAACUACCCGAAGGACUUAGGUGCUUUGUGUACUUAUCCCAGGAUCCUCCCUACUUUUUAAGAUAAAGAGUGAUACUGUAUUUUG